AUGUCGUUCUCCAUUCCCGGAGGAACUCGCGUGGGCAUCGUGGGACGAACAGGCUGUGGGAAAUCGACGCUAAUUCAAGCCCUCUUUCGACUGAUGGAACCCUCCGGCGGAUCUUUAUGCAUUGAUGGCAUUGAUACCUCCACACUUGGUCUUCACGAUCUGCGACGUCGCCUUUCUGUCAUACCUCAGAACCCCUUCUUAUUCAGUGGCACCCUUCGGGAGAACAUGGAUCCGUUGGGGGUAAACCUGGGCGGACCAGGGCUGGAUAUGCACGUGACCGAGAAUGGAGGCAACUUUUCUUUAGGAGAGCGACAGCUUUUGUGCCUGGCAAGGGCUAUCCUCAGCUCGACCCGCAUCCUGGUCUGUGACGAGGCCACUGCCAACGUGGACGUGGAGACGGAUCAAAAGAUACAAAGGGCCAUCCGCUCGCGUUUCGGCUCAGCAACGGUCCUGAUGAUUGCGCACAGGUUGAACACCAUCAUCGACUCUGAUAUCCUUCUGGUGCUGCAGGCCGGUGAGGUGCUGGAGAUGGGGCAUCCGCACGAGCUCUUGAACACGCCAAAAGGUCUGCCGGAGUCCAAGGGUGGCUUCCUGUCGAUGGUGAUGGAGACGGGUCCGGACUCUGCGGCUUCGCUGAAAGAAAUGGCGCGUGCGGCCUGGGAGGAAAAACGGACCCGAGGACAGGAGCCUAAGGACGACAGCCUCUAG